ACAUUGUCCUUUUUUGAAGAGUCUUAUAUUUAUGACCUGUUUGCUUUCGAACGGGAAUGAAGCUAAUAUAAGAAGAGAGAUUGUUUUCUACAUUCAAUUGAUCAGAAAUGCCAGGUUGCGCAGCUAUUGGUUGCAAUAAUCGCAGCGAAAAGGGAUUUAUUAUGAAAUGUUUUCCACGUGAUCCAAUAUUAAGAAAAAUUUGGCAGGACCGCGUGGCUAGAGCUGAUUGGGAACCAUCCAACAAUUCUUUUCUUUGCCAGGUACAUUUUGAACCCGAAGAAUGGUUUGUAAGCGAAACUGGUAGACUCAAAUUAAAAAAGAACGCUGUUCCUUCUAUAUUUACUAUAACGUCAACUAGAAAAUCUGCCAAAAAACGUCUUAAGUUAACAAAUGUCAAGAAUGAAAACCAAUGUGAAAACGAUUGUUCGACAGAAUCUUUAGAAAACGACACUGAACAUUCAUCAAUUGGCCACUUGGAAGAAAAGGAUUCUGAUUCGCAGGAUGUUGAUCCAUCUAUACAAACGCUUGUAUAUCAAGCGAAUAAUUUUCGAAAAAAGAUGGAAGAUAAACAAAUAUCUCAUAGACAAUAUAUAGAUAUUACAAAUGAUCUUCAACGAGAAAAUAUUAUUAUAAUUUCAGAUGAUAAUAAUAUGGAGAUGGAGAUCAAUAUUAAAGAAAGCGAUACCGAAAAGCAAACAUGUGUAGAAAAUGAAAAAUCUGUUAGUGGUUGUAUAGCAAAGAAAAAAUCAACUGAUAAUCAGGAUGAGGAUGUUGUUAUAAAGACUGAAAUAAAUCAAGUCUUUGAUGAUAGUUAUGAUGAAAUAGAAGAGAAAUUAAAACAAAUUUGUGAUGGUCAACAUGAAGAAAACGUUUCUAAUAUGGAGAAACAGAAUUCGAUAUCCAGAAAUCGUAAAAGAGCCUUAGAAAAAUCAAUAGCACAGAUGUCGGUUCACAAAAGUAUAAAUUAUAAAUAUUCAACGAGGAAUGAAAUUGGAGAUAUGCUUACCGACGAUAGAGAUAAUAUUGAAAUAAUCUUUGGUAGUGAAAGCGGAGAAGAAUUUUCACGCGUUCCUAGAUAUACAUUUUAUAAUAACAGCAAAACUAAUGAUAUUGAUAAACAAAAUCAGAACAUAGAUAUCGAUAAUAUUGCUAAUAAAGAGAUUGAUGAAACGUGUGUUGGAUAUAUAAAAAAAGAUGUUUUAAAUCGCAGAGAGAACGUACACACAUCGAACGUGACAACUGCUAUGAAAUAUGAAUGGAGAACUGGAGAAGAAGUUACAAAGUCUAUAAAAAGAUUCGUUCAAAAUGCAUCUUUUCAACAUACAAAUUCUACGAGUAAUAGAGAUACUUCGGACAUCGAUGUAGAAGAUGAAAUAAAAAAGGAACUGAACAUGUCUGACAUGCAAUACAGCAAAGAUGAUGCUAUAUUACAUACGACAAAAUUUAUGGUCAAAGUGACAGGUGACCGUGAGGAUGUGCUUGAUAUUAUGCAAGAUUUAUUUAGAGAUACAAAAAAUUUUACCAUCCAAGAACAUGAUAAUUGUUUACAACAAGGAAAUAAUAGAUCUGUUACAUCUAUCAUAAUAAUAGACGAUUGUCCGAUAAAAGUAAAUACCACAAAUAAAUGCAAUGACGAUGUUUGUUCGACAAAUACGAAUACUGCAUUAAGAGAUGAUCAAGCAUCGUUUGUUCUGUCGGUUUCAAAAAACAAUGAAUGUCCAAUUACAAGAUUACCGUCACCAAAUACGAGUGAAGAGAAAAAUUUAAACGUAAAUAGUAUCAUUAACAACGCUACCGAUCAUCAAUCAAUAACGAAUUAUACUAAUAAAAGUGAAAAUGUGAAAUUGCAAGAAAAAGUGAAGUUGCAAGAGGAUAUUAUCAGAGAACUAACCAAUCAGAUUAUUUUGCUCAAGGAUAUGGAGAAACAACUGCAAUAUAAAAAUUUGACACUUAGAGCAAAGACGAGAAAAAUGGAAAAAAGGAUGAAUGACUCGAAUAAAAGUACGGAUAGCACACCGUCUUCAAUGAACUAUAAACAAACAGAUAUGAGACAAAGAGUGAUUUAUAAUCUAUCCAAUAGAAUGAAUACCCUUGAAGAGAUAAAUAAAAAAUUAAUGAAAACUAUAACUAUAGAAUGUCAGCAAAAGAGGCAAUUGGAAAGUCAAAUCAAGCAAAGAGACAAACGAAUAAAAGAGCUUAACUGGAAAUUGGAAAAAGCUUCAAAAUAUCUUGAUCGAGCAGAGAAAAAUACAAAUACGUACAAGAGGAAGAUGUUAAAUAUGCAAACUUUUAUAAGAAGAAAACGGCUUCUAGACAGCGGAAAUACAAGUAAAUUCCACGAAAUAAUGAUAGACAGCGUGAAGGAAGACUAUUCUGAAAGAGUUUUAAUAAUGGCGAUGGAAAUUAAAAAAAUCUGUGGUAUAAACGGAUACAAAAAAUUGUUAAACCUUGGAUUUCCGCUUCCCGCAUUGUCGGUUUUGCAAUCCGCGCUCAAUGACGGUAUCUCAGAUUCUAAUAAAAGUGACAACAAAAUUGAUCGAGCGAAUCUUUUAGAAACCGAUACAAAUGAAAAACAUGAUACUCAGUCUACGAACAGUAACGCGGACGUUAGUACGAGGAAUCACGCGGAAAACGCAAUAUCGUUCGGCGGAGAUAUCAACGUGAUAGAGAACGUGGAAACUGUAACCGGCACGGUUCAAGAUAUUUUCGAAGAAAGUAACGAUGAAGAUGAUUUUAGUACAAAUGAAUUGAGAGACCAUUUUAUUUUGCAAUUGAAUGCGGUUAUAUAAUAUGAUCCUGGAUCGAUAGCAU